CUCAGACGAUUUAUCUUUUUCUUCCACUUCAUGGCGACCACCUGUCAAUUACUGAUGUUCUCGUACAGUUGUGACCGCAUCAUUCGAGAAAGUAUGAAAUUAGCCCCGGCCGCAUAUUUUGGACCGUGGCUUCUUUUACCCAUAAGUGAAAACGGACAUAAGAUAAAGAAAGAUUUGGUAAUGGUCAUCAUGAGGUCUAAUAUACCUUGCUGCCUCACAGGCAGUGGAUUCUUCAUGGUGUCUUUGGAAACCUACACGAAGGUUUUAACUACAGCUGCAUCUUACUUUACACUGUUACAACAAUCCCAGGAUGCUAUUAGUUCGUAG